AUGGUGCUCUUCCAGCAGAGGUUCACCUCAGACUAUGAUUCACAAGGCACUGAGGAUAGCGGUGAAGCAGACCCAGAGGACCGUAGCGGAGGCAGCACCAGUGUCUCAGCUCAGAAGGUUCCCAGCAGGGUAAACAGUCUAGCACCAAAGGAGACAGAUGUUGGGAUAACAGAGUACAUCAGCAAACAUGAGGGGUUCUCCGGUAUCAUCAAACAAAGGUACUCAGAUUUCCUGGUCAGAGAGGUGGAUGUCCAUGGGAAAAUUGUCCAGCUGACCAACAAAUCCCCACCAGUAGAUAGUGGUGCACAGGCUGCUCCCAGUGCUGAUGAUGUGCUUUCAAAAGAAGACAAGCAGAAGCUGGAAAAUCUGCUGGAAUCGAAGGACAAAUCAGCAACUGUUGAUAUACAAGUAGGAGAAGACAAGCAGCAGAGGACCCAGGUUCACCACGCCAUCAAGGAACUCUUCUCUGAACUGCAGAGUGAGACCGUGGAGGUCGGCAGCAAAAAGGUCAUCAGGGUCAAAUAUGGAAAAGGUUAUCAGGCUAGAGAACGGAACAAGUUCAAAUGGCCCAAAGGCAGACCAGACUACUGUCACUUUGUGCUGUAUAAAGAGAACCUGGACACCAUGGAUGCUAUUAACAUGCUGGCUAUGAAUCUAAGGGUGAGGCCUGGCUUCUUUGCAUAUGCAGGAACAAAGGACAAAAGGGCAAUAACUGUACAAGAGGUGACUGCAUACAGGAUAGCAGCAGAAAGAUUAUGUGACCUCAACAAGCACACAUCAAGAUAUGUACUUGGGAACUUCAGAUAUACAGAACAGCCUCUAAAGUUGGGGCUUCUCAGCGGCAAUCACUUUACCAUUGUGCUAAGAAACUGCACAGGAAGUCCAGAACAGAUAGAAGCAGGGAUGAUGUCACUCCGGGACAACGGCUUCAUCAAUUACUUUGGAAUGCAGAGGUUUGGGACAACGUCUGUGCCAUCACACCAUGUGGGCAGAGCCUUGCUACACAGUAAAUGGGAAGAGGCAAUAGAGCUCAUCCUGAAGCCAAGAGAGGGAGAGCACCAGGAGGGGGCGGUGUCAGCAUGCAGAGACUACUGGUGGAAGACUAGAGAUGCAAAGGGUGCUCUGGAGAUGAUGCCCAGGAGAAAUAUGUCCAAGGACAUAGAGGGUCGUCUUCUGGAAGGACUGGUGAAAAAUGGCAAGGACUUGGUCGGGGCUCUAUCAAAUAUCCCAAGGAACACUCGACUGAUGUACGUGCACAGCUACCAGAGCUUCAUUUGGAACAACAUAGUCAGCAGGAGACUACAGGAGUAUGGCUUUCAACCUAUUGCAGGAGAUCUGGUGUUGGAGGAAAGAGAAGUUUGUUGGCAUGACGUGUUGUUAAGGCUCUAUGACUUACAGCUGCACUGCCUUAGAAAGUUUUUGCUGACAAUUGGUGACUAUUCACCUGGUGUCUAUUGUUCAGAUGGAGCCCAGAGAUCUGAAGCUAAGGUGUUGACUGAGGAAGACUUGGGGAACUACACCAUCCAUGAUGUUGUCUUCCCUCUGUUUGGAUAUGAUGUCAUCUACCCCAAACACAAAGCUGAGGAGUGGUAUAGAGAGAUGCUGUCAGUUGAUCAGCUGGAUAUGGACAACAUCAGACACAAAGUCAAGGACUACUCCUUGUCUGGUGCCUACAGAAAGAUCAUCGUGAAACCUACAAAUUGCAAAUGGUCUGUCAUGUGUUACGAUGAUGUGAAGAUUCCUCUGAUGCUGACAGACAAAGAUGUGCUGGAUGGAAAAGAAGCCCCUUUGGCUUCAUCAGAAGGAAAGAUGAAGGCCCUGAAGGUUGAGUUCACCCUGCCCCCCUCCACCUACGCCACCAUGGCGCUACGAGAGAUCCUAAAGACAGACACCUCCAGUGGACACCAGGCUCUGCUUAACACACAGUAGUCAGGAACGAUCACAAAUAAAUUGAAGAAAAUCCUGCAUCAGUCGAUCAUUGGCAGUUCAAACGCCUUCACACAGCCUUCAAGUUGGAAGCGAAGAACGAAGCCUACGAAUUCCACUCCGUCACAUCAGCAUACUGCGUUACCGGCAAAAGAGUUAUCUCCAAUACCUCACACAUGACCAUUCCUACAGUGUGGGUCCAUUGGAGGCUUCUUGUACACCUGAUGUGGACAGCUGCCUUUACUUAUACCCGUGGGGAUCCUCCUGUGAACACCUAUAAUAGCCCUUUGUUGAUGGUGAUGUCCUCUUCAAUCAUUACGUCAAUGGUGGAGAAUUUGGGAGUUCAGUUUCCUGUUCUACGCGGACAAUCUGCUCAGUUACCCUGGAAUAGAAAUAAUGGGUCGAUUGAUGAAUGAGACAGUGAACGUGCUGACAAAUCACAAAGCCGUCAGAACCUGAGGCAUUGCCAAUUUAAUCUUGUAGUUCGAAGAUAUUUUCAGGUAAAAUAGUAGCAAAAUGAAACUAUUAUAGACUUUCCUAAAAGACCAGGGCUGUCUUCAGGAGGCGCCCUUCUGUCCCAGGACGAAAAUUUAUUAGGGCAAAUGAAAUUUUUUUCCCCAUCUGUUAGAAAAGCUGACAUAGCACUAUUAAACUUAUUCUUUGUAAGCUUAAAAGGACAAAUUUAGCAAUGAAAAUUAUCAACGUGGGCUCCCAAGUAAUGCGUUAGAUGGAAAAAUAUGUCGGAGACUGCCCUACCAAUGACUCGUAUUUUUUGUCCAAUUAAGCAUUUUUUUUCAAUCUAAGAACUAAAGAAUUAAGUUGUCAUGGCCUAAUGGCAUCACCUGUCUUGGAAAUCAGCUGUUGAUAUGCUUUUUUUCCCCUUUUCCUCAGCAGGGUAGGAAAAUGAAGUGGAUGGCUGGAAUUACCGACAUUCUUAUUGAUGUAUGGACGCUGUUUAGGAAUAGAACGAAAUUGAUUUCUCUUCCUGUGCUGACAUCUGUUUCCGUGCAUACUUUGCAUUCCUUAAUUGAAAUUGAUGUGCCAUCAGACGAGAGGCUCUACUCCGCAAUGCCCUUCGUCCCGAACAAAUACUCUCAGCGCUGCGUUUGUAUUGAUUUCUUCAUAACACGAAAGGUCAUUUUAAAAUUAAUGUGCCGAAAGAUGUAAUUUGGACAAAUGCGUUUUGCCAGGCAUUUGGUGUGUCCUUUCCUUUCACUUGUUAGGCGCAUAUAUACCUUUUGGUAUUUUUAGACUUAAUUUGAUUUCCUAGAAUAGACGUAUGUUGGAUGGUACCACACACAUUCAGCUACCGGUUACUGUACUAAAUAAUUUUACAUAACAGAAAGCUGAUGUUUGAUUGUGUAUUACUAGACUAAGUGCUUUUAUUAUACUAAAUGUAUCACCAGUACAACUUUAUAUAACUAACGAAAUAAAGGGGUGCCUCAAGGAUACAUUCUGGGUCCUCUUCUGCCUAUGAAACUUUUCAAAGUUCCAAGAACCUAGACAUGUGAAUUUGAUUAAUAUCUUUGAUUACUUUGUACACAAGAAGGUCAUUAUUCACUAUAUAUAAAGGGGUGCCUCAAGGAUUCAUUCUGGGUCCUCUUCUGCCUAUGAAAGUUUUCAAAGUUCCAAAAACCUAGACAUGUGAAUUUGAUCAAUAUCUUUCAUUACUUUGCUGGCAAGAAGGUCAUAUUCGCUUCUCGCCUUGGUAAAAAUAAUAAAAUAUAAAAGCUUCUCAAAUGAUGGAGUGCCUCAAGGAUCCAUGCCAGGUCCCCUUUCUCCCCAUUUAAGUUUUCCAGACUCUUACACCUUCCUUUCAAAUGGACACCAGAUUUUGAUUAUCAUUGGUCACACUGCACACUGGAAGGUCAAACAUAUUGCGACCUUGGUUAAGACUAAUCAAAUAGAGGCGAACUGUAGGCUUCUAUUAGGUUUGAUGUCUCGUUGCAGAUUGUUUUCUAUGUUGCUAUGAUACAUGUGCGGACGUCCUGUCCGCAGCAUCGAUAUCAUCACGGCAGCACUCAACCUGAUUACUGUGUCAGCACGCUGAGCGCUGCAAGCGGAUUGUCUCUAAGUAAUUGUACUGGUAGGAUUACUCUCACAUGGUCUCUUUGAUGCUUAAGGCUUAGGUCA